AUGAAUGCGCGCGGAUUUGAAGAUAGAGACAAGUACCGCAAGGAUAUGGGCAAGAGGGCCGUAGCCCUCGCCAUGCACGGAAAAUGGGAGCAGGCGGCGUCAGUUAACCGGACUAUCGUCCGGGAGUUCCCAGAUGAUCUUGAAGCCUACAACCGUUUGGGCAAGGCCCUCAGCGAAUUGGGGCGCAACCGUGAGGCCAAAGCUGCCUUUGAGACGGUGCUGCAGCGGUCGCGCAACAAUUCAAUUGCGAAAAAGAACCUUGCCAGGCUGAUGAAGCUCGCUGACGACGCCUCUCCGCGGGUCACCAAACGCGCGACCCGCAGCGUACACGCGUUCAUUGAAGAGAGCGGCAAGGCUGGUGUCACCACAUUGACUAAGCCGGCCCCGACCAACGUGUUGCUCGAGUUAACGCCCGGCGACCUCGUCCAACUUAGCGUGACAGGCAGAGCGUUGACUGUGACUGAUGAGUCAGGCGCAUAUAUAGGUCAGGUGGAGCCAAGGGUCGGCAGCAGAAUAGCGAGGCUGAUCAAGGGCGGCAACCGCUACGAGGCUACCGUAACCAGCGUCGGGGACCAGAGGCUGGACAUCAUCAUCCGCGAGACUUACAAGAGCCCGUCCCAGAUGGGGGUGGUCUCGUUCCCAUUGCGGGGCAGCGCCGUGUACGGUGGAUACCUGCCAAGCCAGGCCAUUGCGUACGACGCCGGAGACGACGAGAUGGAGAUCCCGGUUGCCGAGAAGGUCGCCGUCAAAGACUGGUCUAACGACGACACCGAGCCCGGCGACGACGAGGCGUUCAGCCCUGUCAUACACCGGAUCAUAAACUCGCCCGGCGAAGACAUGGACGAUGACUACUAG